AGGGCAAGUAAGAGGAACACAACUCGCAGCAGCAGCAGCGGCGGCGGCAGAGACUCUCCUGCGAAACCACCUCAACCUGGCGGAUUUAGCAAUCGUAUUCAAUGUGCGCUUCGGGCCUUAAAGAAAGCAGCGAGGAUCCGUGUUUCGGUACUUUCCUUUUACUUCAACGGCUUGACGCAUUGAAAUAAUUGUUGUUUUGUUCCAGUCGUUGUGUAUUAUUAAGUCAUUCAUCUGGGAGUCCAAAGACUAAAAGGACAAUGCAGAGCGAACAAUCCGAGGCGAGUGAGCCGAUGGUCGCCGAGGGUUCGGGCCCAAACGAGCCCGAGAAGAGCGCACCGAGUCAGGGCAGCGAAGUGCAGCCUGUUCCCCGGGCCAAGGGGAUUAACGCCGUUGCGGUGCUGUGGACGUUCGGGAAGUGUCUGGGCGCUUUGCUGCCCGUCUACCUGGCCGGGUACUACAGGGUCAGCACCAGUCUGCUGGUGUGCGGUAUGGUGGUGUACACGGGAUGGAAGCACGCCCGCGAGGCCAAGGAAGAGAGGCUCAGGUCGGCCAUGCAGCUGCUCGGCGACGAGCAGGAGCUCGGCGACUUGAAAAUGUCCAAAAUCAAGCGAGACCUACCUGCGUGGGUCAACUUUCCAGACGUUGAGAAAGUAGAAUGGCUGAAUAAGGUGCUGCAGCAGGUGUGGCCCUUUGUCGGCCAGUAUCUCGAGAAGCUCCUGGUGGAGACCAUCGCGCCGUCUAUUCGAGCCUCAAGCAGCCACCUGCAGACGCUCAGUUUCACUAAAGUGGACAUGGGCGACAAGGCCAUGAAGGUGGUAGGGAUCAAGGCACACACAGAGAACGACAAAGGACAGGUCCUGCUUGAUCUGUAUAUCAGCUAUGUUGGCAAUGUAGAGAUCGACGUGGAAGUAAAGAGAUACUUCUGCAAAGCUGGAGUCAAGGGAAUACAGUUGCACGGGAUGAUGCGGGUCAUAUUGGAGCCGCUGAUCGGAGAUGUGCCCAUUGUGGGUGCAGUCACCAUGUUCUUCAUCCGCAGACCAAAACUAGAUAUCAACUGGACUGGAUUGACAAAUUUGUUGGAUAUCCCCGGACUGAAUGUCAUGUCUGACAGCAUGAUCAUGGAUGCCAUCGCCUCCUUCUUGGUACUCCCCAACCGUCUGGUCGUCCCCCUCGUUCCAAACCUGCAUGUGGGGCAUCUUCGCUCCCCUUUGCCCAGGGGUGUGGUGCGCAUCCACCUGGUGGAGGCCCAGAAUCUGGCAGCAAAGGACAGCUAUGUGAAAGGGGUUAUGGCCGGCUUGUCAGACCCCUAUGCCAUAUUGCGGGUGGGUCCACAGAUGUUCACGUCCCACCACUUCGACAACACAGACUCACCCAAGUGGGGAGAGAUGUACGAGGUGAUAGUCCAUGAAGUGCCUGGUCAGGAACUGGAGGUGGAGGUUUAUGACAAAGAUCCAGACCAGGACGAUUUCCUGGGCAGGACCAAAAUAGAUUUGGGCAUUGUGAAGAAGUCCAUAGCCGUUGAUGAUUGGUUCCCUUUGAAGGAUACGCCGUCGGGUCGGGUCCAUCUUAGACUGGAGUGGUUGGCCUUGAUGCCUACCACUGAUCGACUCGAGCAGAUCCUGAAGAGGAACGAGAGUGUGACCAGUAAGACAGCCGACCCGCCCUCCUCCGCCAUCUUGGUCAUCUAUCUUGACAAAGCCGAAGCACUUCCAAUCAAGAAGGGGAAUAAAGAGCCCAAUCCCAUGGUGCAGUUAUCUGUGCAGGAUAUUACUAGAGAGAGCAAGACAUGUUACACAACAGUCGAUCCAGAGUGGGAAGAAGCAUUUACCUUUUUUAUCCAGGAUCCACGCAAACAAGAUAUUGAUAUUCAGGUGAAGGAUGUAGACCGUGUGCAGACAUUAGGCAGUCUGACCAUCCCUCUGUCCCGUGUGCUGUCCACUUCUGGUCUCGCUCUGGACCAGUGGUUCCAGUUGGACAACUCUGGAUCAGCCAGUCGCAUUUAUAUCAACGCAAUUCUCAGGAUGCUGUGGUUGGAUGAGGAACGUAUCACAGCUGAUGCGUCAUCUCACCUGGAAUCUGGAGGCAAACAGUUACCCCAGGAGACCUCUCCCCACUCCAGUUUUGCCACAGAGGGGCUGCUUAGAAUCCACCUGUUGGCCGGGCAGAACCUUGUUCCCAAAGACAACUUGAUGGGGGGCAUGGUGAAAGGCAAGAGCGACCCCUAUGUCAAGAUCAAUAUAGGAGGCGAAACAUUCACAAGCCAAGUCAUCAAGACCAAUCUCAACCCCACCUGGAAUGAGAUGUAUGAGGUGAUUUUGACACAGUUGCCUGGUCAGGAGCUACAUCUGGAGGUGUUUGAUAAAGAUAUGGACAUGAAGGAUGAUUUCAUGGGCAGACUGAAGAUCAAUCUGAAGGACAUCAUUGAUUCUCAGUACACUGACCAGUGGUACACUCUCAAGGAUGUCAAGUCAGGUCGGGUUCACCUGGUACUGGAAUGGGUUCCAACAGCCUCAGAAGCAGACCAAGUGGAUCAGGUUCUUCACUUCUAUUCCCGGCAGUCCUACCAGAACAAGGCGAUUCCGUCUGCAGGUCUUCUGUUUGUCUUCAUUGAACAGGCAGAUGGUUUACCAUUGAAGAAGAGUGGAAAAGAGCCAAAAGUGGGAGCAGAGAUAGUUCUUGGAGCAAUGUCCCGCAAAACUACGGUGUGUGAUCGCUCUAUGUCCCCUGAGUGGAAUGAGGCAUUCUGCUUCUUGGUUCGCGACCCCAGAGAGGAUAUUCUUCUUGUCAAGCUCUCCCACAGCUGGACACUGCCCAUGGGCUCCUUAGUGGUUCCUAUCAAAGAGCUGCUCGCUGAGCCAGAGCUGGUCUUGGAUCAGUGGUUCCAUCUGGACGGAGCCUCCCCUGAGAGUCAGGUUCUUCUUCGGGCUGAGCUCAAGAUGCUGAUACCAAGCAAGUGCCCCCGUGCCAGUGGCCAAGAUAAGGUCACUUUGAAAGAAUCAAACCGCUUUCCCGAUCAGCGGAAACGUGAGGGAGAUGUGAUCCAAAAGUCAAGUUCAGUGGAUGCUCCUGUCGAAACUCUUGUCCCCCAAGUGCUGAUGCAUGAAGAGGUUCAUGAAAAGACACCUGUAGCUGAUGUGACAGAAGAUACGAAAGAAGACGCCUCAAGUCCUACCGUGGUGAAACCUCCUCACACUGCCCCAGACCUCAGCUUUGCCAAUGAGGGGCUAAUGAGAAUCAUCCUCAAGGAGGCUGAGGAUCUGGUCGCCAAGGACAACCUGAUGGGGGGUAUGAAGAAGGGCAAGAGUGACCCCUAUGCAAAGAUCACCGUUGGAGAGGUCACAUUUAAAAGCAACGUUGUAAAGGAGAAUCUCAACCCUUUCUGGAAUGAGAUGUAUCAGGUGGUGAUGAAGCCUCAGUCUGGACAGGAUGUCCUUGUGGAGGUGUAUGACAAAGACAUGGACAAAGAUGACGUUUUGGGAAGGGUUAAUAUCAGUAUGGCCGACAUCAUUCACUCCCAGUACAUGGACCAGUGGUACACUCUGAGUGAUGUUAAGUCUGGUCGUGUCCGUCUCAUAGUGGAGUGGGUCCAAACAGUGUCCCAUAAUGGCACCCUGGACAAAGUGAUGCAGCUGCAAUCUUUGCAGUCAUUCAACAACAAGACAGUUCCUUCUGCAGCUCUGCUCUUUGUUUAUAUGGACAGAGCACACGCAUUGCCUUUUAAGAAAAGUGGAAAGGAGCCAAAGGCUGGGGCUGAGCUUGUUUUUGGUAACACAACCUACAAAACUAAGGUGUGUGAUCGCAGCAGGUCACCUGAGUGGAAUGAGGCAUUCUAUUUUUUGGUCCGCGACCCCGCUGAAGAGAUGCUCGUCAUCAAGUUAUCCAGUGCUUGGGACCAGCCAAUGGGCUCACUCGUGGUUCCUGUGAAGGAGCUUCUGUCAGAACCGCAGCUUGUCCUGGAUCAGUGGAUGCCACUGGAUGGAGCCUUGCCUGAGAGCGAGCUCCUACUGAGGGCUGAACUCAAGAUAUUGAACUCGAGGAUGACUGAAGCUCCACAGCCUUGUCAUCCUGCUUCAAAGAAGACAGUCACGGUAGCCGCUGAGAAGAAUGAAGAUGGCUCAACGCUGCCAUUAGAUGAUUGUGCUACAGUAACAAGCCCGCUGAAGUACCCAGAAGAAGCAACAGAUGAUGCAGGGUCCUCUAUGGUUCAGCCCCCUGAUGCUACAUUGGUGGACGAUCGAGCAGAUGCAGAAGAGCAUCGCACAAAGUCAGACCAUCGAGUUCAUACGGAGGACAUGGAGAUACAGGACAUGAUGGCAGAGGAUGCUGGUCUGGAUGACCAGGCCCAUUCCACAGUGUCUGAUCUACCCGCUGAACCCGUGAAGCCCAAAGUUGACGUUUCUCCACAGCACACAAGCCCAAGCCAGGACUUUGGCACUGAGGCGUUGCUGAGGAUUCAUCUGCUGGAGGCCCAGAGUCUGGUUGCUAAGGACAACCUGAUGGGGGGCAUGGUGAAGGGCAAGAGUGACCCCUAUGUCAAGAUCACCAUUGGAGGGGUUACAUUCAAGAGCCAUGUUAUCAGGGAGAAUCUCAACCCCACGUGGAACGAGAUGUAUGAGGUAGUUUUAAGCAGCCACAGUGUCCAGGAAAUUCAGCUUGAAGCGUUUGAUAAAGAUUUCGAUUCUGACGACUUCCUGGGCAGGUUCAGUAUUAAACUCAGUGAGGUCGUCAGAUCACAGUACAUCGAUCGGUGGUACACUUUGAAUGAUGUGAAGUCCGGGCGGCUGCGCUUGAUCCUGGAGUGGGUUCCAACAGUGUCGCAUUCCGUCCAACUUGACCAGGUACUGCAGCUUCAGUCUCUCCAAUCUUUCAAGAACAAAGCCGUCCCUUCUGCCGCUUUGCUCUUUGUCCAUUUGGAGCGAGCGCACUCGUUACCCCUGAAGAAGAGUGGAAAGGAGCCCAAAGCGGGAGCUGAGCUUGUCCUCGGAGACACAACGUACAAAACCCAACUGUGCGACCGCAGCGCCAAUCCUCAGUGGGCCGAGUCUUUCUACUUCCUUGUGCGGGACCCUAAACACCAGAUGCUUGUGCUCAAAUUGUCCAGUGGCUGGGACCAGCCGAUGGGUUCUCUGGUGGUUUGUGUAAGGGAGCUGCUGGCCCACCCACAGCUGGUCCUGGAUCAGUGGUUCCAUCUGGAUGGAGCAACACCUGACAGCCAGAUCCUGCUGAGGCUUGAACUCAAGGUUCUGGAGACCAAAAUGGUAGACAUGAUCAGUGGUGGGACUCUGCCUUGUGCUGACCCCAGUAGUGGAUCUGGGAAUGGGCAGGUGAAGUUGUCGCUUUCGUAUGACUCACGAGGGACAAAGCUGGUCAUCGUUGUACAUGCCUGCAGAGGCCUGUUGUGCCCCAGUAAGGACGCUGUAGACAGCUACGUGUCCAUAAUGCUGCUGCCAGACAAAAGCAAGGCCACCAAGAGGAAGACGGCUGUGAAGAAACGAGAUCUCAACCCCGAGUUUAAUGAGAGGUUUGAAUACAAUUUGCCUGCGGAGGAAUUGAAGUUGAGGCACCUCAGCUUGUCAGUGAAGAAUAACUCCGCCUCAUUCAGAAGUCGUGAUGUCAUUGGGCAGGUGCAAAUUGAGUUGGCGGAGGUGGAGCUGGUGCCUGGCGUCACUGAUUGGUUCGUUUUGAGAGAUGAAGCGGAGUAGCAAACAAGCUGAUGAUGUCACAGCUGAAACGUGGCAUGGCUGCAGCUUACACUUGAUGCCUUCUCCUUUCCACGUCCGCACUAUAGCAGCCUCACCUGGAACAAGCAGCCCCAGCCUACAGCUCUGUGUGCUAACUUAGCCGUAGAAGAGAAAAACACUCAAAUUGCUCAUAUAACCCAGCCAUCAUGCGCUUGGUACGGACAAGAGGAGAGUUUGAAUCAAAAGUGCUAACAAUAGUCAAAUGUGGGAUUGAAGGAAAAACUGAAAAGGCUUGAAAACAUAUGUUUUGCAAAGAGCAGAUACAUUUGGAAACUUUGAAAAUGAUUUCUAAAUGCCACUUCAGUACGAGAAACCUUCUAUCUGACUUACUUUUAUAAUGCAGCACCUUGCUUGCUUUUGUGUUUGACGUUGCCUUUUUGAUGUACAUUUUUUAUAAGAUUGCAUUUUUUUUUUUUUUUUUUGCAUCAGUUAAAUGCUGUUUGUGUUGUUUAUAUUUGCAAUGAUUUCACAAGUGUUUGAUGUGUGUUGGAAGAUGGACACUAAAAUAUAUAUUGUGCAUCUCG